AUGAGGAGUGAUAUUCCAGAAACAUUACAGAAUUUUGUGAGUACGAAAACCGUGCACCAGACAUGGGCAAAGACAUUUUUUUGCAAGCCACAGGCUAUUUUUCAACCACGGACGGUGGAUGAAAUCAGGGAAUUAGUGGACCAGGCAAGAAUAAAUGGGAAAACGAUCAUGACAGUGGGAUCAGGCCAUUCUCCCAGUGAUAUGACGAUGACCAAAGAGUGGUUGUGCAAUUUAGAUAGGUUCAACCAGGUGUUGAAGAAGGAGGAGUUCAGUGGUCCGACUAGAAAUGGAGAAGGUGAAGAGGUGAAGUUUGUGGACUUAACGGUGCAAGCGGGGUGCCGUAUAUACGAGUUGAACCGGUACUUGAAGGAAAACGAGUUGGCGAUCCAGAAUUUGGGAUCCAUCAGCGACCAGUCUAUGGCGGGGGUGAUUUCGACGGGAACGCACGGAUCGACUCAGUACCAUGGGUUGGUGAGUCAGCAGGUGGUUUCGAUUGAGAUCAUGAAUUCUGCUGGGAAGUUGAUAACAUGUUCGUCGAUGGAGAACACUCAGUUGUUUAAGGCGGCCAUGCUUUCAUUGGGUAAGAUUGGGAUUAUCACGCAUGUUACGCUCAGAACUAUUCCAAAGUACACCAUCAAGUCGAAGCAAGAAAUCAUCAAGUUCGAUACUCUUUUGAAAAAUUGGGACACCGUGUGGUUAGACUCGGAGUUUAUCAGGGUGUGGUGGUUUCCAUACUCGGGCAAUUGUGUUUGUUGGAGGGCUUCGAAGUCGUCCGAGCCAUUAUCGAAACCAAGAGAUUCAUGGUAUGGCACCUGGUUUGGAAGGAAGUUCUACGAGUCGUUGUUGUGGAUCUCGGUCCACAUAUGUCCUCAUUUGACUCCACUCAUCGAGAAAUUCGUAUUCAAGAAUCAAUACGGCGAUGUGGAAACUCUUGGUCAUGGUGAUGUUGCAGUCCAAAAUUCUGUUGAAGGGUUAAAUAUGGAUUGCUUGUUCUCGCAAUUUGUCAAUGAGUGGUCUACGCCUUUGAGUCUGGGCCAAGAUGUCUUGAUUAAAUUGAAUGAUGUGAUUCAAACUGCCCGUGAGCAAAACAGAUUCUAUGUUCACGCUCCAAUCGAAGUUAGAUGCUCUAAUCUUACGUACUCAGAGAAGCCAUUUGUGGAUGAGAACGAUGAGCCUUCAUUGUAUCCAAAUAAAAAGUGGUUAGCUAAAAGAGACAGGCUCAGUCCUGGACCCAUUCCAGGUAAUAAUUUGCGUCCUUACCUUGACAAUUCUUCAAAUUUGAGAUAUGAUGGCGAUGGCGCAAAUGUGACAAAUGAUCAAUUGACUUUGUUCAUUAACGCUACAAUGUACAGACCUUUCCACACCAAUGUUAAUUCCCAAGAGUGGUAUCAAUUGUUCGAAGAUAUAAUGACAAAUGCUAGUGGUAGACCACAUUGGGCGAAGAAUUUCAUCGGUGUAAAUGGUGCACAUAGAACUGAUCAGGAUUUGCGAAAACAGCUUGAAUUUGGUGGUAAAACUUCGUACAGUAUGAAGGGCUUUAAUCCAAUAUUGAAAAAGUGGUUUGGUGAAAACUUGGUUGAAUAUAAUAAAGUUAGAGAGUCAAUGGACCCAGAUAACGUCUUUUUAAGUGGUAAAGACUGGGCUGUCAGAAAUGGUAUUUUAAUAGAUGUUUGA